AUGAAAGUUCGGUAUCAAUUCCUCCAGCUGGAGCCAGUUGAGGGUGCUGGUCCUGACUACGGUCCGUCUUCGAGAAUCAGCAAUCAUGAGCUCACCAUUGCGACCCAACCUAACCUCCGCGAAUCGCGGAGCCACCCCCGGGCCAACCGCAAGCGGUCUCGGACAGGAGGGGACGAUGGAAAUUCAUCGGUAGGCGCUGCGAGUAGCCCUAUGGCUUCCUCGCCCCCUGCUUUCAACAUUGCGCACGGAGGAGACGAUGACGACGAUAUCGAGGAGGACGUCGAGAUUCAAGACGACAUCGAUGACCUUGACGAGAUGGCCGAGGAGGGUGUUGAUCUUUUCCGUGAUGGUUUCGAACGAGAUUACGAUGAAAAAAUGACGGAAGACGGUUAUGAGGAUGUUGGCUUGGAUGAUGAGGUCGAAUACGAGGCCAUGUCCGCUGCCGAGAGGCGGCGGCUUGAGGCGCGCCUCAACAAGCGAGAUCGCGAGGUUGCGAGGAGAGCCAACAUUCCCGCCGCAUUUCUUCCCGGUGAGGACGACGAGGGCGAUAUCGAUCUAUCGGCUCAACCCCGGCGUCGCCGUCACCACUACGACGAAGACCCCGACGAGGAAAUGGAUGGCGACAUUAUGGAGGAGGAACUCUCCCUCGAGGCUUUGCAAGACGUCAAGGCUUCAAGCUUAACAGAAUGGGUCUCGCAACCGGCCGUACAGCGUACCAUCCGGCGAGAGUUCAAGGCUUUCCUGACCUCGUACAUUGAUGAGAACGGCUCAUCCGUCUACGGAAACCGCAUUCGCACUCUUGGUGAGGUAAACGCUGAGUCUCUUGAGGUGUCCUAUGAUCACCUGUCCGCCUCCAAGGCUAUUCUUGCGUACUUCCUUGCCAACGCGCCGGCCGAGCUCCUCAAGCUCUUCGACGAGGUUGCGAUGGAUGUUGUGCUCCUCCAUUACCCCGACUACGAACGAAUCCACUCCGAAAUUCACGUGCGCAUCAUCGAUUUGCCUGUACACUAUACCCUGAGGCAGCUUCGUCAGUCGCACUUGAACUGCCUUGUUCGAGUCAGCGGUGUGGUGACGCGACGCACGGGUGUCUUCCCCAGCUCAAAAUCCAACGUCGAAGUCAAAAUCACCUACUGCCAGAGCUGCCAAUCGCGGGGCCCGUUUACCAUAAACUCGGAGAAGACCGUGUACCGCAACUAUCAAAAGAUCACCCUCCAAGAGUCUCCCGGCACUGUCCCCGCUGGUCGUCUUCCCCGAUCCCGUGAGGUUAUUCUCCUUUGGGAUCUGAUUGACACCGCAAAGCCCGGCGACGAGAUUGAGAUUACGGGAAUCUACAGGAACAACUACGACGCGCAACUUAAUAACCGUAACGGCUUCCCCGUCUUUGCCACCAUCCUCGAGGCGAACAAUGUGGUCAAGUCCCACGACCAGCUCGCAGGCUUCCGCCUCACUGAGGAGGACGAGCACGAGAUCAGGAAGCUUUCCCGUGACCCUAAUGUCAUCGACCGCAUUAUCAACUCGAUUGCCCCCUCUAUCUAUGGGCAUACCGACGUGAAGACGGCCGUAGCUCUUUCUCUACUCGGCGGUGUCACCAAAACGACAACUGGUCAGCAUCGCAUUCGUGGCGAUAUCAAUGUUCUCCUCCUUGGUGACCCGGGUACGGCCAAGUCACAAGUGCUGAAGUAUGUGGAGAAGACUGCUCACCGGGCGGUCUUUGCUACUGGCCAGGGCGCCUCGGCGGUCGGUCUCACGGCUAGCGUUCGGAGAGACCCUGUCACAAGCGAGUGGACCCUUGAGGGUGGCGCCCUUGUGCUUGCAGACAAGGGAACCUGCAUCAUUGACGAGUUUGACAAGAUGAAUGACCAGGAUCGGACCUCGAUCCACGAGGCCAUGGAACAGCAGACAAUCUCCAUCUCCAAGGCCGGUAUCGUUACCACGCUCCAGGCACGCUGCGGCGUCAUCGCUGCCGCCAAUCCCAUUGGUGGGCGGUACAUCUCGACGAAACCAUUCUCCGACAACGUGCAGCUUACCGAACCUAUCUUGUCUCGUUUUGACAUUUUGUGCGUCGUACGCGACACGGUCGACCCCGAAGAGGACGAGAGGCUCGCCAACUUCAUCGUCGCCUCCCACGCGCGCAGCCACCCGUCUUCCCAAGCCGCCCACGACUCGAUGGAUGUCGAGGCUGAUUCGGGCAGGAGGGACACUCAAGUCGAUGUCAACAAGAGAGAAGGCGAGAUUCCCAAGCGCUUUUGA